AUGGUAAGGCUGACUGCGGACUUGAUAUGGAAAAUUCCUCAUUUCUUCAAUGCUGUGGGUGAUCGAGAGUUGGAUCUCCGAGGCAACAAGAUUGCUGUGAUAGAAAACCUGGGGGCAACCGAGGAUCAAUUUGACACCAUUGAUUGCUCAGACAAUGAGAUUGUUAAGCUUGAAAAUUUUCCUUAUCUGAGUCGGCUUGGUACUUUGCUUAUAAGUAAUAAUAGAAUUACUCGUAUCCAUCCUAAUAUCGGAGAAUACUUACCAAAACUACAUACUCUGGUUCUUACAAACAAUCGACUUGUUAACUUGGUGGAGAUUGACCCUCUUGCAUCCCUUCCAAAACUGCAGUUCCUUGUUCUGCUCGAUAACAAUAUCACAAAGAAACCAAAUUAUCGGUUAUAUGUGAUCCACAAACUGAAAUUGCUACGGUUGCUCGAUUUCAAGAAAGUGAAAUAUAAGGAGAGAGUUGAAGCUGAAAGGCUAUUUGCGUCAAAAGAAGCUGAAGAGGAAGCUAAACAGGAAUCCGCAAAAACUUUCACACCAGGUGAGGCUCUGAAUGUCCCAGAGAUUACAAAGGAAGAAGAAGCACCUAAAGUAGUUGCCCCGACACCAGAGCAAAUAAUUGCUAUUAAGGCUGCUAUAGUGAAUUCCCAGACUCUGGAAGAAGUUGCAAGACUUGAAAAGGCAUUGAAGUCAGGCCAGCUCCCUGCGGAUCUGAAGAUUCCAGAUGAUGAUAAAGUGAUUUAUGGUGUUGAUCCCAAAGAUGACAAAAUGGAAGUGGACACUCAAAAUGAAGGUAACCAGGAACAAGACAUUGCUGACCAACAGGCCAAUAACAAUCCUACACCUGUCGAGCAAGAUAAACGGGAUGUUUCUGGCAGCUAA